UUCAGAAUAAGAUAAUCGCUGUGUUUGAAACAACUAUGGAUAUAGCUCAAUCUGUCAACAACGUUUUAUACAAUAUAGGUGAAUAUUCAUGCGAUAUUUCGAAGCUAGUUCUGGGCAAUAAUUUUUCACAUCAGUAUAUAUCCCGUAGUUUACUGGUUGAUUCAUCUGAAAAGAAAAGUAACUUUAUGAAUGCAUUUUCUUUUCCUGAUGAAACUACAGUUUAUCCUACAGAAGAUUCCGAUGAUAAAAAUGGAACAGGACAAUGUUACUCUGCUCACAAAUGGCCAAAAGUUUCAGUGGAAGAUUUAGCUUUCACUAAACAAAUUUCUGAAGCACUUGGAGUGACAGAAGAUUCAAUGGUUGAUAAGAGUCAAAAUUCUGAAAAAACUAGUGCAAAAUCAGACCUUCAGAAUGAAAUUGCUUCUUUUGACAAUGUAAGUUAUGAAGCUAAGAAAAAAAGUUGUAAAAAUAUAGAAAAAUCGAAUGUUCAUUCCAAGCAAGAUUCAGGCAAUAUUGUGAAUAAAUCUGAUAUUCAUAAGAAGAAUUCUAAGGAAGGGAAACAAAAUAAUAAAAAGGUUACUGAUCUCAAAAUCUCUAAAAAGUUUAAAAGAUCAAGUGAAUCAUUUACAUCACUUAAAAAACAACAGAAUUCCAAAAUCGUCAGGAAAAAAAAUUUGUUCAUGUGUAGCAGAUCACGAAGAAAAUUGCUUCAUAACACACUGCAGAAUGCAUAUAUUCUUUCAAAAUCCAAGAAAUCGGAACAAUGCAUUCCUUCAAUUGAUGCAAACAAAGAAUGUUUGACAGCUGUAGAAGCCAAUGAAUCAUUUAGUACUAUUUCUGAAAGCUUGAUUUCUAACAAUUUGAUUGAUAAUGAUAGUAAUGCAUGCCCAACUUCAACAAAUUCAGAAAAUCUUGAUUUUGAAAUAAAAGAGCACACUAACUUUGAAACUUUGCUUGAAAAAAAUAAGGAAAUUUGUGCACCAAGAAAGGAAUUUAUGAAACAAAUAAACAUUUUGGAAGAUUCCAAUUCUAAAAUUACAUGUGUGAAUUUAGAUGAAGUGAAAAGCAGUUUUGAUAAUAAAAUUUCUGUAACAUCAUUUAAUGAUAAAUAUGGAAAACAAGUUUUAAACUUUUCUGACAAGAAUGAGAAUCCCGAUGUAACUUCAGAACUUGAAAACAUUGGCAAGGAAACAAAAAUGGAUUUAUUAAACAACAAAAAUGGAUUUACAACUGAAAUAGACCAUUCUCAAAAACAAAGUUCUAAAAAACCUAAAAGCAAAAAUGAAAUUUUAUCAUUAUGUAAAAGCUCAUUGAAAAAGUCCAAGUCUGUUUUGAGAAGUAAAAGUGGAAAAUCUCCAAAAGAGAGUUCUGCUACUUCAUCAAAGUAUAGCCUCAGCAUUCUGUAUAACACUGAUGAAUUUCUUGCAGCACUCGGUGAAAAAAAGAUUACUGCAGAGAAAAAAAGACAUGCAGAGAUUGUGAUGAAUGGUAUUCGAGAAUUGGGCAUUGAGGGCUUUCAAAAGUUUCUUCCUGAAGCUAUAUGAACUUUUUGAAAUAGAAAUUUUUCAGAAUGUUGUAUUUGUUAGAAGGGAGAAAAAGAGAGAGAGAGAGAAGAGUAUCAGAAGGAACCAAUCAACAACCAACAUAUAAGUUGGUGAUUUUUAUCGGACAUGAUAAUUUGCUGUUAUUUUUUCAUAAGUAAAGUGAAACAUAGUUGGCAAUAAAUGAAAAUGAAACAUUUAUUGGUAGUCUAAAACAGACUAUAGAAGUGAAAGCUUAACUAUCACAUCUAACUUAUUCCAUAUAUGUACAAGGGUUGUUAAAAUGAAAAAGUACACAACAACACUGUUGGUAUAAAGGAAUACUUUAUUCAAAGUCACACCUUGCAUAAAUAUUAUUAUUUUCAUGGAAAGUUUUUCUUUGCUUUUCUUCGGAACAACAAGCUAUCAACAUAAUUAGCAAAAGUGUUUUUGUGUGCUAUGGGGAAAAAGCAACCUAACUAAGCCCAGCUUCUAUUGCUGUUAUGAUUUUAUACUUUAAGGGUUCUCUUUUAUUUAAAAAUAUAUGAA